GGGAAAUGAUGGUGGGGCCUGCGAAGGCGCUCUUCAUGGACGAGAUAUCGAACGGUCUCGACAGCUCGACCACUUACCAAAUCGUCAACAUGUUGAGGCAGUACGUACACAUCAUGAAAGGCACGGCUUUCAUCUCCCUUCUUCAGCCGGCUCCCGAGACUUACGACCUUUUUGACGAUAUUGCCCUCCUGUCCGACGGUCAAAUCGUCUAUCACGGCCCACGCGAAAACGUGCUCGACUUUUUCGAGUCCAUGGGGUUUAAGUGCCCUGAAAGAAAAGGAGUUGCCGAUUUCUUGCAAGAG